AUGAUCCUGGGAUCUUCACUGAACAUUGAAGAGGAGGUGGAAGCUCUAUAUGAUCCUCUGACUCAUCUCUACGGCUAUUCCUCCCACGAAAAACUCAGAAGCCGACUUAGCAGCAGCAGAGUACGGACUCUGAAGAGGAACAAAGGGAUCUUCUCGAGGGUGCACAAGUCUUGUGGUGCUUCGGGAGAGGCUCCUGAACGAGGGAAGAGAGUAACUUGGCGUAAUAGGCACAAGGAAAGGGGAUUGUGGAUCGCCACGAGCUGCAAACAGAGCGAGCAUGAACUACAUCGAAACAGUUCUCCAGUUUCUCGGAGAUACUUGAAGCAGCUCAUCAGGGAGAAGAGACCAGUCUGGCAUGGACAAUGUGUGCUCUUUUGUUGCCAUUUUUGCUGA